GACGUGAAAACGGACGAGCGCAUUUCGGAUACAAGUUUUACGACCCAGUUAGCAUUAAUGUCGGGCGAACUGGUCAAGCCCGAACAGUUAUUACAGCACGAUGGAAACUUUCUUUCGGUAGAUCCUCGUAAUCCACGGGCGACGGCGAUCGACCGCCAGAGUCGGCUCCAUAACCAGAGCUCCACAGAAACCAGCGGUCUCGGUGAAACAAUUGCGUCCAAUUUUAGUUCUCAAGAGAGCGUGCUGAAUGAGAAUGGGUCCCGAUCUACAUGUAUCGCAAGACCGAGCACGUGUGAAGACCUGGGUAUUGAUCUUAGCGAAGACACAACAAAUAGCCUACAUGGAGGUAAUAACACGUUUGGGACGAAAACUAUCGAUUCUGAUAAUAUAAUUUAUCAUGCAAAUAAACAAAGGAAAAGUAGCAAUUUGCAAUAUAUAGCUACCGAAGGAAUACAUACCGAACCCAUUAUUCAGACGGCUUAUAGUCAUUUAGCUUCUGGUGUUAGUUCAAACAUUAUCUCGCAAGAGGGCUCCGAAAAAGAAGCCGCGGAGUGCGAGAUGAAACAAUUGGUAGAGAUAAAAUUGCCUACGGACUCUUUCAAAGUCGGCGUCUACAAGACGCCCAUUGACUUCCGUGGGGAUGACGUCAAGAAGCCGGAGUCCCUUCGCGUGCAGAGCGCCAUGCUGGGACCAAACUUUGACGACCUCUUCCGGCAGAGUCAGACCCUCACCGCCCAGCAGACGGUCGGCCUGCGCCUGGAUCAAAUUGAUCACGAAUGGAACCGGCAGCAGAAACGGAGCUCCUCAAUGAGGAGUCGAUCGUCGCAGGGGUCCUUCCGGUCGCGCUCCGGAUCAAAGAAACGCUUUCUAUCCGAGCGAACGUCGCAGUGGAUGAAGUGGGGUGCAGAUCGACGCGCCUCCUACCGGAAGAAGAUCGAGAAGCUGGCGAACCAACCGCAGGCGCCUCGAGCGUCGACGCCGGUGAAAAAAGCGCGACACGAGGGGUUGAUAUUCGUGCACCCGGAUUUAGAGCACAAGUACAUUACCGAGGAGGAAAUUAACUACAUUAAGCGCCAAAGACAUGAACGAAUGCAGGCGUACAUUGUCACCGACAAAAAGAAACGGAAGCGCACCAACCACCACGACCACUACGGUCUUCAUAACCUCGCUCCAGGGGAUCUUAUGACACUGUCGCGGUUCUGGGAACACAAGAUGUUUAUGGUUUCUAAAAUGAAGAGCUUCUUGAAGUUUAAGACCAGUGAUUCUGGCCACGAUGCUCGUAAGUUUGGAGAGGAAUUCUACCUGCGGGAGGCGCGUAUCUGGCGCCCCUUCCGGUGGGUGGGAAUGCUGUCGACGAUCCUUGCGCUCGUGCUCUCCGUGGCUUCAAUCUUCAACAAGUACUGGCUUCACGGUACAGCAGCAGGCACAUUACCGACCAUCCAAAGUCCGGUCGUCACUCAGAUGAUCACUCAGGGCGUGUCACGUGACUUCGAGAGCAGCAUUUGGGACUGCGCAUGCGCGCAGAUUGACGCCAGCGUCCGUCCACCCGAGUGCAUAGAUAAGAUACACGGCUGGCAGAAAGGGGUGAUUGGUCUGAUGAUAUUUUCGGCCUCGGUCGGGUUUGGGGCGGCCAUAUUGGCGAUUUGCGGAGUAUGCACGUCUCCGCUACCAAAGAAAAUCUACUUCUUCCAUUCCGCUGGAGAAAUAUUUUUCGUUUGUGCUUUAAGCUCAACAAUUGCCUUAAUAAUAUACGCCGUGGCGAUGUCCACGGACAGCACCUUCGCAUCGUACUCUUUCGGGAGCGGCUUCGGUCUGGGGUGGGCAGGUACCGCCUUCUUUUACGCCGCUGCCUUCUGCAUGAGCCUCGACGAGCUCGUGCGCGAAUCUGCUCAAAAUAGGUGUUGUAGAUACAUUUUUUGGCGUUCACGGACGAGCGAACCCGAAAACACGCACCCCGUAUGAUCAUUGGUAAAUAUCCGAAAUAUGACGUCAUUUCUUCUACGUCACCAGCCGGAUAUGAAUGGAAAAUGAAGUUUGAAAUGUAUGACGGGUAUAAACACACCGAAAAUGAGGUUUGAAAUGUAUGACGGGUAUAAAAACAUCGAUAUGCUAAGUUACGGUUUACACAUUUUCUACGUCAUUAAUGGGUAUGGAUGGAAACUGUGGCUCAGUGUGUAGAUCGUGUAUAAUAACUGAUAUGUGGCGUCAUCGACCGAUUCAGAAAGAGAAAAUGAAAGAAAAUAUCAAAUGUAAAUAUGCACUCUUUCCGGAAAUGAUAAUCGGAUCGAUAUCUUGUGAGCGAAAUGUGUUUAUGUACACGAGGUAUAAAUGAUAACACGAUGGCGCUGAAUUUCAAUGUGAUGAGAAUAUCGAAAUCAUCUGACAAGUUUGCACGACGAGAUUGUACCAGGAAGACCAAAGUGAAUGGAUAUAAACGCCCGUCAGAUGAUGGUGAUAUAGAUGUUAAAUGAAAUUCAAUAUGAGACGCGCUCUGUGAAAAUGGGGUUUAAUACGUGUGCGAAAAGUGUCGUCCCAGAUUGUUCAGUCCGCACUUUCCGCCUAUACUGGAUUUUUGCUAUGAAGAUACUUUCUUUAAACAAAAAAUAUCAUAAAAGCGAAAAGUGUCGUUCCUGGUUAGCCUGUGAGGACUGCACAGGCUUAUCUGGGACAACACUUUAGGAACAUGAAUGAAACCCCCUUUCACAGAGCACGGUCCGUAUAGUUUCAUGUCUGCAUACAGUUGCGGCAUUGAACUUCAAGUCCAGGACAUGGAAGUGCACGCUCAAGUCGUUUAUAUGUGUCGCGUUCUGAGAAAACUGGACUUAAUACAUGUGCGUAAAGUGUCAUCCCAGAUUAGCCUGUGCAGUUCGCACAGGCUAAUCAGGGACGACACUUUACGCCUUAACUUGAUUUUCGGUAAGGAGGGACUUCCUUUAAGCUAAAAAUACCAAUAAAGCGGAAAGUGUCGUCCCUGAUUAGCCUGUGCGGACUGCACAGGCUAAUCUGGGACGACACUUUACGCACAUGCAUUAUGCCCAGUUUUCUCAGAACACGUCUCAUAUAAACUGAAAAUGUGACAGGAACAUACUUAGACUGAAGUACACAUUCUUUUUUUAUUAACCCAAUACAUUAUAUAGAUGUUAAUUAUCAUUGGUAAGUAUGUGACAUUGAAUUAAACAGAUGGCGUAAAAUAAAAUAAACGGAAUAAAAUCAAUAUUCCGAACAGAAAUAUAUGGCCUCGCUCUGUCGACAAGGAGUUUAAUGAAUCUGCGUAAAGGGUUGUCCCAGAGCAUGCUGUGUAGUGCGCAUAGGCUUGUCAGCGACAACUCUUCCCGCCUAAACUGGAUUUUCGUCAAGGAGAAACAUGCGUUAGAUGUAAAAUACCACAAAACCGUCGCUGAUUAGCCUGUGUGGACUGCACAGGCUAAUAUUUGACGACACUUAACGCAGACGCAUGAAACCCCGUUCUCAAGAGCGCGUCUCAUGUAGCCUAUAUGUCCAUACUAUUUCUGUUUUAUAUGUCGCGGAGAUGUCGACAUGAUAGUCGUUUUAGACUAAACAGCGUCAUAAUAAGGGACCCCUGUUUUUGUGAUACAUAACAUAUAUUGGUUGUACAUAUUAUUGUUUUCUACAAAUAGUCGUUGUAUUUAUUGAUGGUUUUGUGCACAAAUUGACUGCUAUUUUACGUUUUUUUUUUCGUAUGACUUUGUCACAUUAUAUGUGUGGAUAUAAUCAAAAGUUGUAUAAUUUUGCCGUUUCCAAUUAUUGUUUGGAUUUUUUAAUUGAUUUUCUUUUAGGAAAAUACCAAUUGUUUUCACAAAAAAGCUUUUUUGUUGUUGUUGCCUUCAUUAACAAACUAUUUGAUUUUGUUAUCCGUUCAUUUUUGAAUCGAUUGGUAACAUGUCCGAAACAAUUCUUGAACAAUGUAUUCAUACUUUUAGCCCUAAUAUUCUAAAAACGUGUGAAAAAACUCGAGUUUUUGAUUAUGAUUGCCUUUUUGUUACAGCUGUUAUCAUCCAGUGUUUCCCACAGGGACCUUUAAGAAAAACAUUCUACAUACUACAAAAGUAUAUAAGGGAAUAAGGGAUACAACUGUCAAAUUUCCUGCACAACACCAUGGUCUGAACAAAAGGAAAAUAUUCACUUCCAAAAGCAAUAAUUGUACCAAAUAAACUGUUAAACAAUAGCCUUUGUAGAGAGUUUAGAGAGUUUAUUCAACAUACAUUAGGCUUUAAGCCCAUGAGUAAACACAUUUUACAACACAAUAUAUUCACAAAUGGUCAAUGGCGUACAGAAUUGUUAACAUAACGUAGAUCAAAUGCUUAAUACAACAAAUUCAUGCACACUUUAUCGUAUAUUGUAUUUUUUUUAUAUAUAAAUUAGAUAAAUAAAUGAAGGUACUUGGAGAGAAACUACUGAUAAUAUAAGUCAGCUCUCAAUUUAAAUGCUUUAAAAACAAAAAUGGAUAGAUUUCGUACAAUUUUGCAUUGUCAGUCUGUAAGAGUUCGAUAAACUUUAUCA